AGUUAGAGCAGUUAGAGGACCAUGGCGCCGAACCAACGUCAACGUCAGCUUUUCGUUUCAAAAAAAGAAUUGAAAAAGCUUAAUGGCAGAAGAUUCUCAAAACCAGAAGAAUCAUCUGAUGCUGGUCUUAUAUAUCCUGGGGUAGAUACAGCAUUCAAGCUGAUUUUAUCAGCUAGAUUUUGCUCUGCUAUAUGGAGUCAUAUAACAGAUUGCGAUGAAGCAUAUAAUUAUUGGGAACCAAGUCACUAUUUGCUUUAUGGAACUGGUCAACAGACAUGGGAAUAUAGUCCGCAAUAUGCAUUAAGAUCUUAUGUAUAUUUGUUGAUUCAUAUGGUACCAGCAAAACUUUAUCAUUAUUUGUUGGAACCAAAUCCUGCUCUAGUCUUCUAUUUUGUAAGGUGUCUCUUAUCUGUGGGUUGUGCACUAUCUGAAGUAUAUUUUUAUAAAAAUGUGUGCAGGGAAUUCGGAAUUCAUAUAGGAAGAUUAACAUUAGUGUUUCUUAUUGUGAGUUCUGGCAUGUACAUUGCUAGUGCUGCAUUCUUACCAUCUUCUUUUUCAAUGUAUUUAAGCACUGUUGCUAUAGCAGCUUGGUAUGGUCGUCAAUAUGAACUAGCUAUAUUUGCCACUGCUAUAUCUACUUUAUUAGGAUGGCCAUUUGCUGCAUUACUUGGAUUUCCAAUUGCAAUGGAAAUGUUAAUCCAGAAACAAGAGUGGAGUAAAUUUAUGAAAUGGGUAAUUAUAUCUGCUGCUGUUAUACUGAUACCAAUGGUUUGGAUUGAUUCAAUGUAUUAUGGAAAAUUGGUAAUAGCACCAUUAAACAUUGUAAUGUACAAUGUUUUUACUAAUCAUGGGCCAAAUCUUUAUGGAACAGAACCACUCAGUUAUUAUAUCUAUAAUGGAUUUUUAAAUUUUAAUUUCAUUUUCAUUGGUGCACUUUGGGCUCCAUUUGGAUUGCUUUUAGUGUGGAUGUUUGUACCAGCACGACCAAGAGACAGACAAUGUUUAUCAUAUUGGUAUUCUCUGGCACCAUUAUACUGCUGGCUUUUAGUCUUUUUCUUCCAACCUCAUAAGGAGGAACGAUUUUUAUUUCCUGUGUAUCCAAUGAUCUGUUUGGCUGGGGCAGUAGCUGUGGAUGUCGUCCAAAAAUUAUACUUUUUCAUUAGAAGAAAGUUCAACCGUUUGCACAUUUCUUACCAUUAUUUACAAUACACUAUUCAUAUUACACUUCUCACUAUUUUAAUAUGCGGUUUUCUUGGAGUAUCAAGAUCAUUGGCAAUAUAUAAAGGCUACUAUGCACCAAUGGGAAUAAUGAUUGAAACUAAUAAACUUGGAUCAGAAGGAGAAAUGCCUAAAGAUAUCAAUAUAAACUUUUGUAUUGGCAAAGAAUGGCAUCGAUUCCCUAGUAGCUUUUUCUUCCCGUCAAAUAAUUGGAAACUUCAGUACUUAAAAUCAGAGUUUAAAGGGCAAUUACCACAACCUUUUCUAGGUCAUGAAAACGCGACUAGCGUAAUUCAGCCUAAUUUUAAUGAUAUGAACAGAGAAGAACCAUCACGCUAUUUUAAUUUAGAAAAGUGUCAUUUCAUAUUAGAUUUGGAUAUUGGUACUGAGACACCUUUAGAACCAAAUUAUUCUCAAUUAAGCGACAAUUUUACAGUAAUAAAAUCGUCUAAAUUUUUAGACACUGCAAGGUCACAUCAAUUUUUCAGAGCAUUCUAUAUUCCUUUCAUAUCAUAUAAAUUUUGUACAUAUGGUUCAUACAAUUUAUUACAAAAUACUAAAUUUAAGCCCAUUUCCCACUCAAUGAAAGAAAAAAAUACAAAGUCCUCUUAA